CGCCUGCAGGACCAUAUUGCAAGGCUGAGACUCCCGCACCUCGUCGCCUGGGAACUCUCUCCUGUGGAAUCUCAGAAACUCAAAUCCCUCCUGUGACUAUUACACACAGAAUUUCCUUAGAAGCUGUGCUUGGUCAUGACCCUUGUAAUUAAGAAGUUAUUGAAGACAAUGUCGAGUGUGGGCCAGGAGAAGAUGUGAUUAGAGUCUGGAGACGACCGUGUGUUUUGAACAUACAGCACAUUUCCUUUGGACUCUAAGGAUGGAGAAGAAGCAUAUACUAUAUUUUGUGUUUCUCUUGCCUGUUAGUAUGACUCUCGUCGCGGCACAGGCAGAAGAAGAAGGCUUUAACCAAACGGGGCUGGGAGUCACUAGAAACAAGAUCAUGACUGCUCAAUAUGAAUGCUACCAAAAGAUUAUGCAAGAUCCUGUUCAACAGUCGGAAGGCCUUUACUGCAACAGAACCUGGGACGGCUGGCUGUGCUGGAAUGACGUCGCGGCAGGAACCGAGUCCAUGCAGUAUUGCCCUGACUACUUUCAGGACUUCGAUCCUUCAGAAAAGGUUACAAAGAUCUGUGACCAAGAUGGAAACUGGUUUAGACAUCCGGAUAGUAACAGAACAUGGACAAAUUACACUCUGUGUAACAACAGCACGCAUGAAAAGGUGAAGACUGCACUGAAUUUAUUCUACCUAACUAUAAUUGGACAUGGAUUAUCUAUUGCAUCCCUGCUCAUCUCUCUCAUCAUAUUUUUUUAUUUCAAGAGCUUAAGCUGCCAGCGGAUCACCUUGCAUAAGAACCUGUUCUUUUCAUUUAUAUGUAACUCGAUUGUGACAAUCAUCCACCUCACUGCGGUGGCCAACAACCAGGCCUUGGUGGCCACAAAUCCUGUGAGCUGUAAAGUGUCUCAGUUCAUCCAUCUCUACCUGAUGGGCUGUAACUACUUCUGGAUGCUCUGUGAAGGCAUUUACCUGCACACGCUCAUCGUGGUGGCCGUGUUUGCAGAGAAGCAGCACUUGAUGUGGUAUUACUUUCUUGGCUGGGGGUUUCCACUGCUCCCCGCCUGCAUCCACGCCAUGGCCAGAAGCAUGUAUUACAAUGACAACUGCUGGAUCAGCUCCGAUACCCACCUCCUCUACAUCAUCCAUGGACCGAUUUGUGCUGCUCUACUGGUCAAUCUCUUUUUCCUAUUAAAUAUUGUACGCGUUCUCAUCACCAAGUUGAAAGUUACUCACCAAGCGGAGUCCAAUCUUUACAUGAAAGCCGUGAGAGCGACCCUCAUCUUGGUCCCGCUCCUUGGCAUUGAAUUUGUGCUCUUUCCCUGGAGGCCUGAAGGAAAGGUUGCCGAGGAGGUGUAUGACUAUGUCAUGCAUAUCCUGAUGCACUAUCAGGGUCUUCUGGUGUCUACAAUUUUCUGCUUUUUUAAUGGAGAGGUUCAAGCAAUUCUGCGAAGAAAUUGGAACCAAUAUAAAAUUCAAUUUGGAAACAGCUUUUCCCACUCCGAAGCUCUCCGCAGCGCAUCCUACACGGUGUCUACCAUCAGUGAUGUCCAAGGCUACAGUCAAGACUGCCCCACUGAACACUUAAAUGGAAAAAGCAUUCAGGAGUUUGAAAAUGUUGCCUUAAAGCCGGAAAAAAUGUAUGACCUAGUCAUGUGAUCGUAGAGAGCCCUCACCUGUUUCCUGCCACUCGAACCCAUGAUUUCAUAAUCAGAAGGUUUAACAGCGGAUGGAUUUCUUGAAUGCCACCAAGAAAGCCCUCAAAUGAAAAGAGACUUGUGUUGAUAAGUGUCCAACCCUCUCUCUAUGGGGGAAGAGCCUCAACUGAUAGUGUUGGCCAGUAAAUGCCCCCACUGGGCUGGUUUCGAGUUACCAACCUGUUAACUGUGGAACUGGAAAGAAGCUAAACACAAUCACCUCUUGGGAGCUGCCAGGUUUUGGAACCCGCACAGCACUGCACGCACGCACAAAUGGGUGACCGCACCUUCACACCCGCGCUGACCAGAGAGCUCUGCGCUUCUCACCUGAGGAGACCUUGCUCCAUUUUACAGACAUGAAAAGAUUUGUGAUUUAUGUUGGUUAUAAAACUUUCUGACCUAUGGUUAUCUGUUGGAAGUGAACGGUUUUCCAAGAGGAUACUCCAGCCAUCUUUAUGACGUCUCUAAUAAACUAGACGGAGUUUGUUAUCUCUGUCAUCUCAUGUUCUUCUCUUUAAGGAAAGCAGCUGAGCAGAAUGCCUAUGGGUUUCUCAGUUGCUGCUACAGACAGUUCUAUCCUGUGGCAUAUCCAAUCUGACACUUGGUGAGCAAAAUCUAGAAUUUGCAGUCUUUUUCUGAAUCACUAGGGAGACGUAUUGGUGGAAGCUGCAAACCCCUGUCAGCCUACUUUUAAAAAAACCUUAGUGCAGGCCUCGGAGGAGAUCAGUUUCCCUAAUCUGUACAUAGAAACCUUGGCCUUUCCAAUUCUACUGUGUAGACAAGUGAUCACUCAUUUUACGUGAAGGGAAUCAAUGAAGGAUUUCUUUUUAUCUUCUAAAUCUGAGAGAGAGAGAGAGAGAGAGAGAGAGAGAUUGAUUUCAUGCAAAUGAACCUGUAAAUACUCAUUUUAUUUUAUUGUUUUAAUUCUAAACAGAACCUCGGUAACUUUGAAAGCAAUUAGAUAAUGCAGCAUUAUAUGCAACUUAGUAUCUGAUGCUGUAUCUGGGCUGAUUUUAUGGUAGAGUCCUGAAGUCUAUAUUUGGUAAAUAUUUUAAGGACAACCAGAUACCAGCAUCAGAAGUCUGAGAACUAAUAACAAACCCUAGAAAUACCAGUGAUUAAAUAUGAAAUAUUUAUAUAACAAUGCAAAGCCAUAACUUUACAAACACAUUAUCUUUGGUGUGCUGACAUAUUUCUUCAAUUUUGAUGACGACUCACUGAAAUCAGGAAAUUUAUAACACCUACAGCAUGAAAAACUAGUCUGCUACACAUGCGGGCUUUAAUUCACUAAAAUAUCCUUUACUGACUUUUACUAAACAAAGCUAUCUAGUUUUGAAAAAGAUCCAGGUUAUUUUUUUUUAAAUGAACCAUAGAGGAAUUUUAUCUAUAUAAUAUGCACACUGUUUCAAUAUUUCAGACUUCUGUGGGUGAUAAUACAAGCCAGGGAAAGCCUUGAACUUAGCAUGGAGGAGGAACUGUCAGGUGUUUAAAUUAAAUUAAAUUAAGACAGAAGAAAGCCUUGUUCCUGAGAUAAAGAGGCAUCUAAAUGGAUUCAGUUCUUUUAAUAUUGUUUUGUUUUGGACUUUCUGUUAGUAAAAGUCAGUUUGGGGAAAGUCACGUAUGUGUUUUUUGAAGUGUGUUAAUCAGGUUACAAUGGACGAAUCAGAAGUAGUGAUUUAUGCUGCAAUAGUUGUUUAGCAUCAUCAAGGAAAGUAAUUCGGAUUGUCAAGAACUGACACAGGUGAUCUGGUAUAAAUAUUUGUAAUUUAUCUGUACAGGCAAAGGUGUAACUAAGGUGGGUUCAGUUUUGUGGAUUUCAUAGCAAGCCAUCAUUAGGAGGGAAUGCAGAUGGUUCUGAACUCUCAGUUGCCAAAACUGUACAAAACUUCUUUUUACCACUCUCAGAUUUUAGCUAUUUAUUAUUCAGAGGUCUAGAUUCCUAUCCUUGCUGACAGUGUUCACGUGGCUCUGCAUUCUCCCCAACUGUCAAGUAUUAGCCGUAAUGAUAGUACAGAGUGCUGUUGCCAGAGAGCGUGUUUAAAAGGUGGUAUACGUUUCCGUUGUAUUAUUCUUUUACUGUAUUGAGUGUAGCUGAGAUUUCCUUACUGCCAACCUCGUCUGCGGAGUGAUCCUCAGCCGCACUGGUUUGAAAUUCGUCAGCUUUAGUUUUGUGAUGAUAGUUGAAACUAGACUUGUAAAACUGAAGUGCCAAUGAAAACUUUCUGUAUUGCUUGUAGACAACAAAAACCUGACAGUUUUGAAGGGAAACUUCUCUGGUGCCUAAAAACUAAUUUAGAGAAUUUCUGGUAUUUUAAAAGUUAGAUCUAUCGUUUUUCUACAGUUGUUUCUUAUAGUCAUGGCUGACCUUUUUAGAAGUGACUUUGUAUUUUUUUAUUGAUAAGCCAUUCAUCCUGGAGUUUAACGUUUGUUCGAAUAUAACGAACUGUAUAGAAUUUAGCAGAACUCGCAGUGUUCCCACUGCUUAGAUAGUUUAAUGUGAAUAUUUUAAUUUCCUUUGUGUUUUAAUGUACUCACAGAAACAUUACCUGUAAAACAUAUCCAAGAUGUUCCAGUCACUUAAAAGAACGUAUGUUUUAUCUAUUUAAAAAUCUCUUGUUUAGAUUUUAUGAGAAUAUUAAAGCUAACAUUGAUGCUCACUCAUCUCCUCUGGAGAACAAAAUAACUAAAUCUCUCACAAAGUUCUUGCCACAAUUGAGAUAUUUUGCAAAAUAAAAGAUGAUGUCUUCAGC